AUGGAUCCAAAAUCAAUGUAUCCAGUUGCACUCAGGAAUAAAACUAAUGGCAAAACAUCAAAUGAAGGGGCUGGAAAAAAACGACAAAAAGAAUUGAAUAUGUCCCACCUCACAAUCAAAAAUUCCAUCCAGCUCGAUAUCGGAUCAUGUGCAAUUUAUGAAGCGACGACGUUACGUCAUCGUCUGCAUUUCACUUACGUAGGAUUUCGACUUGUGUCAGUUAUCACUGAUCUCUACGUUAUCAAACAUGCUCGUGGAUUAAAUAUCAUUGAAAAGGAAACUAAUGACGAUAGUAUUGCCACAGAGACCUAUAGACCUUGA